UUCGACCACACCCCUCAGUUACUAAUUUAAGGCUCUCGGCGUAAUUCCGUAACUUUUUGCGCAAUUUAGCAUAUAAUUUCGAGUCCCUGUGACUUUUCCCGGAUAUUGUCCAUCGAGCUGGUUUAUAAGGUUUAUUCGAAGAUCUUGACCGUCAGAAAGGUUUCAUCUCGGCUCUCGCACCCGGUACAGGGCGUGAAAAACAAACAGCAUCUCAAAAGAAUGGCGUUUAGCUUCGCAGCGUUUUCCUACAUCAUUGCCCUGAUUGCGGACGCAUUCCUCAUCUUUUUCGCUAUAUUUCACGUGAUAGCAUUUGAUGAGCUCAAAACUGAUUACAAAAACCCCAUUGAUCAGUGCAACAGCCUCAACCCGCUCGUUUUGCCAGAGUACUUACUCCACAUAAUUUUCAAUCUGCUUUUCCUGAUAUCGGGAGAAUGGUUUUCACUCAUCAUUAACGUACCCAUGAUCGCCUACAAUAUAAAUAGGUACAGGACAAGACCUGUUAUGUCUGGACCUGGUCUCUACGAUCCUACCAGUAUUAUGAAUGCAGACACACUGACCAAAUGUCAGCGUGAAGGCUGGAUAAAACUUGCUUUCUACCUUUUAUCCUUUUUUUACUACCUCUACGGAAUGAUUUACUCCCUCAUUUCUGCCUAAAUCCUCUGAUGAACUGGUCAUGAAAUAAUGGAUGUUCAAAUACGAUGUUAGUCUACGUACGAAACCAGCACCAAAGGACAGCCUCAAUUUUUUGCCCUGACUUCAAAGUGGCUGCAAGGACUGAUGUUUUUUAUUUAAUUCGACCCACAUCUCAUAUUGAGAAGCAAAGAUUGCAGUCAGUAUUCGCCAACGAAACAUAAAAUGUGUCAUAUUUGGGAGCAUUUGAGACAGACUUUUAACUUAUUUCAGUUGCUACAAUAAUUUUUGUUGGGGAAUUCUUUACUUGCACACAUAUUUAAAUAUUGAUGCAAAAACAGAAGAAUAAAAUUCUACGACUUGA